AUGGCUUCUCUGAAUUUCUAUGGCCGCGAUCCUCCUUCGAAUGGAGGGGACUGUGCUCGCACAGUCCCUGAGGGAAUUCAGGAUAGUGAAGACCACACUCCAGAACAGCUGGCUGAGAUCGCUGCUUGGACCAAAGAGAAAGAUCGCCUAUACCAGCACCAAUAUCAGAACAAUGUCAAGCAGAGGGAUGCUACCAAAGCCAGGCAACAGACAGCAGUAGCCUCUCAAUGGAUGUUCCUUCAAAACAAUACAAUCGAUCGGCUGGCUGAAGAGAUUCAGGGAAAGAUGCGCUUCAUCAUUAUUGAGGCCAUUGCCCGCUCACCCACGGCCACGGCCUAG